CUGCCUUUGAUUUCCGAAUGGACGCUUACUGCGGCGACUGCGAGGAACCUUACUCCAAAACUUGCGGAAAUUUCUGCGUUAACGGUAGACUGGUCGCUGGAACGGAUAUGCGAACGAAAAUGUUGUUCGUUUCUCAUGGAGAGACAGUAGCCGAGGUUUUUCCCCAAUGGCUGAGACUGGCUUAUAGAGGCGGAGGAGAAGUUUAUCAGCCAUACGACUUGAACAUGCCAGCAGUCAUUCCGAGACGUCCAGCUGAACAUUUCAAAAACGAUCCACCGCUAACUGAGCAUGGCAACUUCACUGCGGAAUUCAUCGGAAAAGGAAUGAAAUUAGCUGGAUACAAUCCAUCCGUGAUCUUCAGCUCACCUGAGCUGAGAUGUGUUCAAACUGCUGCUGGUAUCGCGAGAGCUGCUGCAGACUCUCAAUCGGUAAUCUGCCUUGAACCAGCUCUUUCGGAUUGGGUCCAGCUGUCACCUGAGGAAAGCUGGAGAACAUGGAUAAAGCCGGCUCAGUAUGCAUCCUUGGGAUAUCCCAUAAAUCUACGAUACAGAAGUUUCAUCGAUAAAUUGCUACCGCGGGAGUCUCCGGAAGAUUAUCUUCGACGUGUCAGUCUAUUCCUUUCGAAAAUUUCACGCACAUCUGAAAGAGUCAUCGUCAUUGUUGGUAACCCACAUGUGAUUGCGGUGGCAAGAAACAAUCCCUGGUCAACAGCAGAGCAGAUUUGUCAGAUCAAGCAAUUGAUUCGGAAUUGUGUCACAUGCGAAGUAGGUGUGGAUUCCGAAAACAGGGUACACAAAGUGGCACCAAUGAUGCUGCCAUUCACAAAGACACUCAGAGAGGCAACCGAGAAGAUCAUGGCGUCUCAGAACUAGGCAUUG